AUGACGGAUGUAAUUGUUUAUUGCUAUUUGCAGUUUGCUGGUCUGCACAUCAGUCCUGAAAAAAGUAACAUCUACUUAGCUGGAGUAAACAAUGAUGAAGCUGUUGGUUUAAUUGAAGUGAGCAAUAUGCAAAUAGAGUCUAAGAAAGCUCCUAUAGCCUGGAGUAAAUUUUAUGAUCCUAAAUCCUAUGGUGGUUGGAAUCUUGUUAACAUGAAUCUAUGGAAUAAGGCUGCAAUGCUAAAGCUUUUGUGGGCUAUUGCUUAUAAAUCUGAUAGAUUGUGGGUGAAAUGGGUUCAUGAGUACUAUAUUAAAAGAUUCACCUACACUACAGGUGUCCAGCAACAUGUGCCUUGGAAAAGGCUUAUCUAUAACAACCAUGCUUCACCAAAGAGCAAGUUUAUUGUCUGGUUAGCUAUCCAAAAUAGAUUAGCCACCACUGACAGACUUCUUAAAUGGAAUGUGUCUUGCAGAGCUACUUGUAGUUUAUAUGAUAGAGAGGAUGAAAGUGUUGAACACUUAUUCUUUGCGUGUGCUUAUGCUGCUAGUAUCUGGAGAAGGGUGUGUCUGAUCAUCUGUGUCACAAGUUCAGGCAGUACAUUUGAUCAGGAAUGUGCCAUAGCUAUAGCUAAAGCUAGAGGAAGCACUAGACAGGCAAAGAUCUAUACAAUGUGUUUUAGUGAAACCAUUUAUGCUGUGUGGGGUCAAAGAAACAACAAAAUUUUCAAUGGCAAGUGUUUAGAUUGUAGUCAGGUGGUGAAAGUUAUUAUUUUCAGAGUUGCUUGCUUAUGUAAAGAAGAUGAUAGACAUUUGUUAGUCUAUUAA